AUGCCCCCGCCGGCAUACGAGUUUCGAGGCGGCGGUCCGCGGCCGCCUCAUCAUCCGAGGCAUGAGUUUACUUUCCGGUACCAGCGUCCGGGGACCUCAGAACGGCCGCUUUUGCGGUCGCAUCGGGAGAAGACCCCGGAACAGCUUGUCGCUCCUGACGCCGGAAAUGCAGCGAUGAGAUUUGCCCGGAUUGAGAAUCUGAGUGACAGCGAAGAAGCGGACAUGGACGUGUCUUCCGACGACGAGGCAGCGCAUCCACGCAAAAAACGCGCGUUAGAGAGCAACACCGUCGAGUCGAAGCCUGUUCCAAAAUGGUCCAAUCCCGAUCCAUACACUGCGUUGCCGCCUCCCGACGAAAGUCAAACCAAGAAGAUCGAUGUCGUUAAGCUCAUCAGGAAAGCUCGUCUCGCGGCCAGUGCUCAACCUGCGAAGACGGAUGCUGUCGUAUCAAACGAGGACUUCAUUUCCCUGGCUGGCUUGGUUGACGAGAAUGAAACGAACAACGCUCCAGAGAACGCUCCAAAGGGGCCCAGGCGCCAUCUGGAAGGAAGUGAUCCAGCACUUGGCAAUCGGAAGCGAACACAUGAUGAUGAGAUAAAGGGACCAGCCAGAACAAUGGGUGGAAAGCUUGUCAGUCGGUACUAUAACGACGGCUCGAUCAUAGAUGAAUGGCGGUUGCGUCCUUCUGAAACGGGAACUCCUUGGAUAAAUUUUAUGCCACGGACGCUAGAUAUGGUAACUGUGGGCGCAAGAUUCCAUGACGAGAUCUUGAGUUUUUACCACUGGGCAAAGCCUGUGCAGUACGAACAAAUUGUGCGGCAAGACCUAGUAAAUAGGCUCCAGGCUGUCUUUCAGAGCCGCUAUCACGGGGUGGAAAUCCAUGCAUUUGGCUCCUUCGCCUCUGGUUUAUAUCUUCCCAACGCUGAUAUCGAUCUCGUUCUCCUCUCCACCAGCUUUCAGCGAUCCGGAGUCAGAGCAUUUGGCGAGAGAAAAGGACAGAUUUAUGCAUUUUCCGCCUUUCUCAAGAACCAGAACAUUGCCGUUCCGGGCUCUGUGGAAACCAUUGCGCACGCUCGUGUUCCUAUCCUGAAAUUUGUGGACAAGUUGACUGGGCUUAAAGUCGACUUAUCAUUUGAUAAUGACAGCGGGCUCAUUGCGAACAAGACGUUCCAGCAAUGGAAAUCGGAAUAUCCUGCGAUGCCCGUCAUCGUGUCAGUCAUUAAGCAGUUUCUCCUUCUCCGUGGCCUCAAUGAGGUUGCUACUGGCGGGUUGGGUGGGUUUUCGAUCACCUGUCUCGUCACUAGUCUCCUGCAGCACAUGCCCCGCGGUAACCUCUAUCCGAACUUGGGGGAUGUCCUCAUGGCUUUCUUCCAGUUUUAUGGGAGAGACUUUGACUUUGAAACCCGUGGGAUUCGGAUGAACCCCCCUGGGUAUUUCGACAAGGUUCGUAAUCAAUCCAUUAUUCCGCACCAUGCAUCCGCUGACUUGAAAAUGCAGAGGGUGUAUGGAGUCUACAAAGCCAACAAUGGAUCUCGUCUUUCGAUUGAAGAUCCCAAUAACCCUGAUAACGAUAUCUCUGGCGGCACCCGUGAGAUUGCAUUGAUUUUCAAGUCCUUCUCGGAAGCACACCACUUGCUGAAGGACCGCUUGGUGUCUAUGGCCCUAUCUGGAAAGUCCAACGAGAGCGUCUUAGGUACAAUAAUUGCCGCGAACUUUGAUGAGUACACAGAACUUCGAUGGCAGCUCCGCGAAGUUUUUGAUACUGAUCCUAGAUUCGCCCAUCUCCGCAAGCCUCUUACUCCUCCCCCGCCUCCUUACAGUCCUCCCCUGCCUAGCGAACUGGCCCCGGUCCCGCCGCCGCCUCCAUCCUCUAAACCUCAUCCACUCCCGGCCAAGCCUUCAACGGCCGGUAAAAAGGCCAAGGACACCAAGGACGUCAAGGAUACGAAAGAGAAGUUGACGAAACUACAGAAGAAAAAGCAGGCGUCAAAAGACCGCGCUGCUCGAUUGAAGCGACUACGUCCUGACAUACAAAAAGUACCACUCUCUAUCACCAACGACGAAGCCCUCAAGCUCGGGGGGUAUAAGACCCAGUCUGAAAUGGACAAGGAUCUGAUUAUGCGGGAGAAAGGGAUUGUCGCGAUCAGCUGA